CCACAUUUCUGCUAAAAUGAACUGGGUUUUAUUGUUUAAUACAAUAACCCUUAUAAUCAAAGAUUUGUGUUGUAAAACGGAUUUAUUGAUUUUUAAUUGAAAAUAUAAUUGCAUGUGAGGAAAUGAAGAAAGAAGAGUUACAGGCAAUAAUUAGAGUUGCAACAUCCAAACUGUCUGAGACCAACUCCUACAAGCCAACACGUGAGGAAGUGUGUGACCGAAUACAGAAGAAAUGUGACACAUUGGGAAAGAUUAACAACGAACGUAGAAAACAAAUGAACGAAUUUCUUGACAAGAAUUUUCCAUUGCCAGAUGAGGCUACGUUCAGCAAAGUGAAAAGAAAGACAGUAGAAACAGUGAAUGGCAGACAACUGACCCGAAGAGAGAACCUGCUGCCCUUGAAAACACUGGUCCAGAUGUUGAUUUCGAGGUGUAUUGACAAUCCCAACGACCCAUACCUUGAGCUGGACCACACAUGCUGGCCUCUGUAUGUAGAACUCCUGCUGGCAUGUGGAAGUCACCUUGCUGCAUCCUGUUGA